CAGACACUCCCUUGCUGAGUGGUAUGUAGAGGUAGGCCUGUUUUUGUCUGAGCUGUUGUAGAUAGAAAAGCUCAAAAGGACAGCCCAGAGAAAUUGUGAGUUUGCAACAGUCAACCAAAAUCAACUAUCAGACACUUUGCAGGAUAACCUGACUGAUGCUCUUCCUCCCCUACCUGGAGGAUCAGAUGAUGCUGUCCAGCCGGAAGGAACAAAUGGUCCUCCACCACCUGAAGAAAAAACAAAUAGUCCUCUGACGCCCAGCGACAGCAACCAGACAGGAUCAGGCUCAACUACCAAUGAAGAACAGGACGCCAAUGACACAAUACGUAGCCCGCUUGUUCCUGGAAAUGCAGAUCCUCCCACCCAAACUUGGCCUCAACCGCCACCCAUACAGACGGAGAGAGAUGUUGCAUCACCACCUCCUUCCAUUCUAGAUGGUGCCAUCUCAGGUGCUUGCAUUGAUGGGAGCAAAUGCUGCGACAUUACAACUGCCGCUGCCUGUGCCAGCUCUGAAGAUCAGUCAUGCGGCUGGGAUACACGUUGUGAACUUAUUCAAGAUCCCUGCAAGUCUAGGACUGACAAGCGAGGCUGCAUCACAACUCCUUCAUGCCGCUGGCGUCCUCAUCCUGCGAGGGCAGGAGUUGGUAUUUGCUUCCAAGGUGGUAGCAUUUGCAAGAGAGCAGGCAGAGUUGCUUCAGAAUGUGAAAAGAUCGUGGAAAGGAAUUCCAUCAGCGCAGCAAAGAUUUGUAAAAUGACUAGUAGCUGUGAUAGAAGGGAUGGCUGUCAGGGUGCCAUAGAUAGCUGCUGCACCAAGACAAAUUCUAAGACAUGCUCUGCCUUGCGAGAAUGUCGCUGGAAGCGAGAAUGUGCCAUGGUGUAUGUUUCGGAGAUAUGCCAAUCUUUCCACCUGAUAAAUAGUCCCUGUCAUG